UGUUUUAUUAAGUUUUAAUCUUCAACAAUUUUUUUAAUUCAAAUUAUCCACUUUACAUAAUAUCAAUUCUCGUUAUACAAUGUCGGAGAAUCAGAUUCGAGUUGUCCGGACAACGAACGAUAUUAUUAGGUCGAUACAAUGUUCCACGUGGACACCCUUUCUCAUUUACGAAAACAUGUCCGAACAUCUGACUCCGUCCACUGCCGAGAACAAAUUAAACGAGCUUAAUAAAAAGAUCGUUGAAAUUAAGAAGAAAAUCCAGUUGUCAGAGGGCCAAAGAAAGGCUAAUUUUGAGGAAUACGAUGCAAAGAAACGUGAAAACGCGCAAAAAAUUUCUGAUCUCAAGAAGAAGGUUAAAGAUCUUUAUAUGAAAUAUGCAGGAGCAAAAAAUGUAACGUGGGUUACCAAAAGAAGAAAAGAAAAAUAGACACAGCUGAUUAGCUUUUAUUAAUUUAAUGUUAAAUCUUUUAGAACAAGGAAGCGAUGGAA